AUGUUCACUAGUGAAACACUAUUUAGUGAUUUGAUCAAAACAGAAAAGCUCGUUUCAUCAUGCGAUUGCAAUGGGAUUCUGGCUUGUUGUUAUGCAGAUGGCAUUGCUAGACUCGUGUUCAAUUUAGGUGACUGGAGUACCUUCUCAUUUGUGGCAUUUAACUCGCAAUUAUUGGGUGUAAAUUACGCCUCUGAAGUGGAUCAUUUGAUUUUUUGGGGUUCUGACCAUGACUCACAGCCACUCUUUCGUACAUGUGAUCUCACUUAUUUGAGGUCUAAAUUGCAUGAAAGCGGAGCUAUCAUUAAAAUUGUUAGGGAGUGCGCCUUAUUUCAAUCAAGAAACGUUCAAAAUAUAUCUAAUCAACCAACGUUUGUCGAGGAUACGAUCACUCGUUUUUCAAUUUCCCCUUGCGGUUCCGUAGCAGCAAUUGGUACUAAGUCUCAGGGGGUUUACUUGUAUAAAGAUUAUAUAAUCAGCGCAAAAAAUCCCACAUUUUUGCAAAUAAAUAAUAUACAAUUUAUCAACAAUCCCAUCAAGUGGUUGUAUGUGCAAACAGAUUUAACACUUUACGUUGCCACAGAAAGUGGCGUUUGGCAAUUCGCCAAAGACAGCUAUGAACUCACCAGAUAUUUCAUACCACCUCCAUAUUGGGGUAAAAUUCACAAUUGCUUACAUUUCGACGAUGACAAAAUUAUCGCUUAUGGCGACAAACUAUCAUUCGUUUCAAAUUGGAAAACACCUUUGCAUUCUAGUGACUGCACCGGCGCCUACAAGUAUAAGAAUUACUUGAUAAUCACCACAACUGGUGCAGUGGAAAUAUAUUACAUAAGUGGACAAAUAAAAUUUACUGCAUAUGUCUAUAAGGUUGAAUCGCCGUUAUUCGUUAUCUCUGCUAGCAACGGCUUGUUUGUUAUUAGUGCUAUUACAUCAAUCCAUCUAAAGGAGUUGAGUCUAACUUAUCGCAUUGACUAUUUGAUUGUUAAGCGGAGAUUUAAGCUUGCUCUAGAGAUUUGCGAACAUGAAAAUGCCCCUAAAUACCUAAUUGAUAAUGUAUAUAGGAGUUAUUCUGAAAUGCUGUUUAGAACAGGUCAUAUUGGCCAAGCUACGAGAAUUUAUUGUGAUAACGUAAGCUGCUUGGAACCCAGCUUGGUCAUUUUAAAAUUUGCAAAUUGUAGUAAUUUGCCUUACCUAUCACGCUAUUUGGUGUCGCUUCACGAAAAAGGCAUAUCAAAGCCUAGACACACGUUUAUUCUAUUUCAAACAUUUGCCCACUUGUACACUCGUACUCCAAAUUCUGCCAAAUUAUGGUCGGAAAUGAAGAGUUUUUUGUCAAAGUUUGGCGAAUCUCACAGCCAGUCGAUAUCUGGGGCAUUGGAAACUUGCCGACGCUCAGUCUCUAUUGACUUUGUAAAACAGGUUGCAAAAUUGCAAAGUAAUCAUUCAUUGUAUCUGGAUAUACUAAUUAAUGACGUACAAGAUUAUUCAGGGGCUGUUGAAUAUAUCAAGUUUCUAUCUAUCCCAGACUCAUGCAGUGCCCUUUUACAGCACGGUAAAGUGUUAACUAGGCACUCGGAUGAAUUGAUUCCGUUAGUGCGGCAUGUUCUUGAGCAAUCAAAUGCAAAUAUAGACGCUUUUACUCCCUUAUUUCUAUCAAAUGACGCGCAUCUGCGAUCUCUAGUAGAUUCAGAUGACGUAUUCAGUGACCAUUUGUCCACAUCAAGUUUUAGUGCUAUAAUGGAUGCAUUUUUGCGCUAUAAAUCAAAUGAUGCUGAUAGGGUGUGGAAAUUACUGAAUCAACGUGUAUUCGGUGAAUCACAUUUGCAAAUAGCUCUUGUGUUGGUGGUGUUUUACAAUUUUGCUGAUGGCAUAGAGUCCAUCGCAACGAAGAUGCGGCUGCAUUCAUUGCUCUUUGCAAUAAAUUCUAACAAGCUAACACAGGAAUAUACUGGAACAGACCCCGUACUUUGGUCUGAAGUCUUAUCUAAAUUAGUUAAAUUGGGCAAAUUUGACGAGGUUGAACAGUGCUUGGACCAUCAACACAUGUCGGUGUCACUGCCUUGUAUAUUGAAGCUACUGGGCCAAAAUGAUAAAUUACCAUUGAGGGUGGCUAAAAAAUUCCUAGUUUCUGAAUUUAAAAAACUCAGGAGUGCUCAUAAGAAGGCCGUUCAAAAACUGCAACAGCAAAAAUCGAGUUCUGAACAGAUGAGUACUGUAAAAGAUACUCACAAGGAUGAUAAUGGUUUGAGUGAAGACGAGUUUUUCAAGUUUUUAAAUGGAGCGCAUGACCCAGUUGAUUUCAUAUCGCAGCAGUUCAAAUGGUGUUUUUGA